GCCCCAUAUCAUAUCAGCCCCAGCAACAACCCAUCCCACCGCAUCGCAUAGUUACUCCGUACUCCGUACUUCCGUACAGAGAGGAGUUAACUAGUAAGUAGUUAGUUACUGCGUAGGUUAUCUCCCGUAACUCCUCCCGCAUAAUCCAAAGAAUGAAGGAAGAAUCAAUAUCAAUACGAACGAAAACUACGGUGACAUGGACAUGGACAUGGACUUCCAUUCCAACAAUGGAUAUACCUACCCCCCCCCCGGCCCCAACGCCCGCUGGAACUGUAACCGCUCACCAGCAUCCAUCAUUCAUCGCUGUUCGCUCAUUGCGCGUCGCUUCUGCCCGGACACAGCCCGUACAUACAUACUUACAUACAUACAUAGGCCGACAGAGAACCAAAUCCCCAAAUCCCCAUACCCGGGCAUCCAUACCUCCAAGAACGCGCUGGAUAACUGCCGGAAUCCCCCCAAACGCCGACAACGACCAUCCAUUCCACGGUCCCGCUUCUACCCGGACCGAGAUGUACAUGUACUUGAAUAUUUGAAAAAGGCUGCAUAGGAUCAUCCAUAGUUAUAUAUUGUAUUAUAUUAUAUUUCUUCCCCCCCUUUUUGUCAACAUCUGGUGAGUGAUAGGACAGGUUAAUCCCAUCGUACCCAUAAUAAAUAACUAUUUCU